UAUUUUCUCUUCAAAUCUAGUCUUGUAUCUUCUAUUUUGUCAAUACUAUUCGUAUGAACAACGACCACUACUUCCUGUUGGCAAAGGAUGCACGUGCACGGUGAGGCAGUCAGAAGAGCUGUCCUAACUUCCGGUUCGUUGACUUGGAAGUUGGAACUUUAGUGGCUUUUUCCCCCGCAGUGGAGCUUUAAGUUACUUUUUCCCCGCAGUGGAGCGAGGAGAAUGUCCACACUUUUGUCGACAAAAGCGAGGGAAGGUUAAAAAAAGAAAAGACACGGCGGACUGGAUGUAACUUUUCCUGGGUCUUGACUGAGCACCGACUCCACAAUGCUCAAGCUAGCUGACAAUAUCGACCUGGGCUUCCUCUCUGACAGCGAGCGGGAGGCCAUCUUGGAGGUGCUGCGACGAGAUGAAGACUUGAGGAAAGCUGAGGAUCUGCGUGUUCUGAAGCUUAAGGCCGAGUUGCUGGGAAUCAAGCGGAAAGGGGCCAAACGUGGAAGCGGGAGAUACAGUCAGAGGAGUUGUGGCCGAUGCCAGACGCCUUUGAGUCCGCUGGCCUUAAACAGCAUCCAGUGCAGGCAGUGCCAUCACCUUGUAUGCAGCCAGUGCAGAACCAACGUCCCCAGAGGGCAAUGGCUAUGCAACGUGUGCGCCAAAGAGUCGGACCUAAGGAAGAGUACGGGUGACUGGUUCUACAACCUGAGGGUCAACCGAUUCCUCACAUCGCCUGCACACGAGCUGGUGAGAUGCAGCCUCAGAAAGAAGCCAGUGUCAAAGAAGUAUGAGACAAUGGGAGACAUCCUGCUGAAAAAUGAAGAUUUGAGCCGAGCUGCGUCGACGCUACCAAGUGAAGAUUUAAGCGCCUACCGCCCGAAUGCAGCUGAGAUAGGCUCCAGCGACCCCCCGCGACCCCGGAAGGGACAAGCGGUAGAAAAUGGAUGGAUGGAUGCAUCGACGCUACCAAGUGAAGAUUUGAGCCGAGCUGCAUCGACGCUACCAAGUGAAGAUUUAAGCCGAGCUGCGUCGACGCUACCAAGUGAAGAUUUAAGCCGAGCUGCGUCGACGCUACCAAGUGAAGAUUUAAGCCGAGCUGCGUCGACGCUACCAAGUGAAGAUUUAAGCCGAGCUGCGUCGACGCUACCGAGUGAAGAUUUAAGCCGAGCUGCGUCGACGCUACCAAGUGAAGAUUUGGGCGGAGCUGCAUCGGUUCCUGUUCCCGCCCGUAACCCCACUUUGGUCGCACCCGCUCCCACUCCUGCCCUCGUCCCAAUCCCCAUCCCUAGACAGAGAAUCCAAACCACUAGCAAACGUCCUCCCAGUAAGACUUCAGGCUCCAUGAAGUCUUUUGAAAUAGAAGCGGAUGAAGACACGUUAAAGCCGCCGCACAGUGACACGGAGUCUGCAGACAAAGCCAGCCUGGGCAGCAGCAGAACUGGCACAGAGUCCAGACGAGUCACCCCUGACCUGCCCAGAGAGACCACCCCACGUACAUCCAGCCCAGCAGGAUCCAGUGUUUCCAGUCUGACACUCCAAGUCAUUCCAGACACUAUCAGCAUUCACAGCUCCAGUUCGGAAGCCAACGUUGUCCCAGAAAUAAGGCAAGCCAGUCCAAAGCUGGAGUUUGAUGUCGACAAACUCUUUAAGAAGAGCGUCAAAAACUUUCCACAAUCUCCCAACAUUCUAGAACCUUUCAUAUCGGAGCCAGAUGUUUGCGACCAGCCUGACUCGGGUGCGGUCCAAGAGGACAUCAAGAGCCAUUCUGUACACGUUGUAGAGACGCAAGUGCCAGAAAUAAAGCCGGUCUCUCCGAGCCCUGCGUUCGAUGUUGAGCAAAUCUUCAAAAGGAGCGUCAGACGCGUUCAGGAUCCUCCCGGACACCUAUCCACGCUGGAUCUCCGUGGCAGAAAAGACACAUUGGAGGUACCGUUUGGAAACCGGAGCCGUUCUGUACCAGCUUUAGACAUGCACGAAGAUGAAGACGAAGAUAUUGACAGCUUGGUUAACUACCACAUAAGCACAAUGGCUUCCAGUUCUGUAAGCUCAAAGAGCACACACGGCAGCCUGAUGAGCAUCUACAGUGAGUCAGGAGACCAUGACAGCGUGGAGGUGAGCGGCGAGGUGGUCUUCUCUAUGACCUAUGACCAGUCCAGCCAGAGCCUCCAGGUCUUCAUUAAGGAGUGCCGUGGGCUGGCCUGUGGUGAUCCCAUACGGCAGCUGUCCAAUCCUUACGUCAAAUGUUACCUCCUCCCGGACAAAUCCCGUAUGAGCAAAAGGAAGACCACCAUCAAGAGGCACACCUGUGACCCCGUCUACAACGAAACAUUCAAGUACUCCAUUGGCCGAUCUCAGCUGUUCACCCGGUCCAUGCUGCUCUCGGUGUGGCACCACGGCCGCCUGAGCCGCAACCCUUUCCUGGGGGAGGUGGAGAUGGCUCUGGACUGCUACGACCUGGACGCCCCGCAGGAGGAACGCAUGGCACUCAUGACCAGGGUGGUGCCGAGCGAGACUUACUACCUGUCCCAUGACGUGGAGAGACACAACAGCCAUUUUCACACAAUGGCUCCCUGCUCUGUACCAGCCUCCGCCUUUAGCCAAUCCAAAGCAGAGCUGGUGAUUUCCUUAAAGUAUGUCACACAUAAAGCGCCAGUCAGGGAGAAAAUGAAAGGCAAGAAGACAGUGGCUGUGGAAGGCGGCGAGCUGCAUAUCCUAAUUAAAGAGGCAAGGAACCUGAUGGCCAUGAAAGGAGGCGGCGGCACAUCAGAUAGCUUUGUAAAAGGGUACUUGUUCCCUUCUAAGUCAAAGACCACCAAGAGAAAGACACCAGUGGUGAAGAGGAACCUGAACCCCCACUACAGCCACACCUUUGUGUACAAGGACCUGGCGCUGGAGCAGCUGAAGACCAUGUGUCUGGAACUGACCGUGUGGGACCGAGAGCCCAUGCUGAGCAAUGAGUUCCUUGGAGGAGUACGCCUCAGCUGUGGCAAAGGCACUGUCAAAAUUGGCAGCAACGAGGUGGACAUGGAUUCGGUUGGGGAAGAAGUCAGUCUGUGGCAGAAAAUGAUGCAGUACCCCGACUCCUGGGCAGAGGGCAGUCUUCCCUUGCGCACCACCAUGAGACAGAAGAAGGGCAAAUAAGGACGCCCCUCUCAAUCACCUGUCUGGAUGGAAAGGGCGGUAAAAGUCAGAAACAAUUAGAUUUUAUUUAGGAGCAGAAAGUGCUCCCCGUGCCAUGACAGUACUCACAGCUGAUUGGCUGUAGAGACGCUUCUUCCUGAUGAAAUGUACCAAUCAAUACUCAACUCAGGGUUUAUUUUUGGAUGAUGGCACUUUUUCAUUUCUGCAGAAAUUCCUUGUCCAGGGUGUACACCGCCUUCCUUGACCCCGCUACCUUGUCCAGGGUCUACCCCGCCUUCCUUGACCCCGCUACCUUGUCCAGGGUCUACCCCGCCUUCCUUGACCCCGCUACCUUGUCCAGGGUGUACCCCGCCUUCCUUGAUCCCGCUACCUUGUCCAGGGUGUACCCCGCCUUCCUUGAUCCCGCUACCUUGUCCA